AUGUCAGGCAUUUCAGCAGCAAAACGACUCCAUGAUGCUGGGAUUAAAGAUAUCCUAAUAUUAGAGGCAACAAACAGAAUUGGUGGCAGAAUUAAAAAGACUAACUUUGCAGGCUAUACAGUUGAGAUGGGAGCAAAUUGGCUUCAUGGAGUAGGAGGUCCCAAGAGGAAUCCACUCUAUGAAAUGUCCAAGCAAAUCCAUCUUAAGAAAUUCUUCUCCGACUUCAGCAAUUUCUCAUUCAACACAUAUAAACAAGAGGGUGGAUUGUACAAGGAUGAUGAGGUAGAUGCUGCAUUUGAGAAAGUUGAUGAAACAUUAGAUUAUGGUGGAAAAUAUUCCAAGUUUUUAAAUUUGGAGAAGAAUCAAGAUGAUGAUAUGUCCAUUUUGGCUCUUGAACGUCUUCAUAAGACAGAUCCAAGAACUAGGCUCGAAAAAAUGAUAGAUUUCUUUACCUUUGAUGGAGAACAAUCGGAGGCACCAAGAGUUUCAAGCUUAAAACAUGUAUUGCCAUUUUCUGAGUCCGAACAGUUUGGUGAAAAUGCUUACUUUGUUGCUGAUUCAAGAGGCUUUGAGAGUUUGGUCCAUCUUAUUGCCAAACAAUUCCUCUCCUACAAAAAUGGUGCUAUCAGUGAUCCUAGGAUCAAGUUCAAUCAGGUUGUAAGAGAGAUUGAUCAGUCAAAAGGUGAAGUAACGGUUAAAACGGAAAAUGGCAUGAAAUACAAAGCCGAGCUUGUUAUAAUGUCCCCUAGCAUUGGUGUGUUACAAAGUGAUCUUAUCAGCUUCAGACCACAACUUCCUAUUGAUAAAUGUGGACGAUUUUCUUUUGUACAGCUAUGGAAAAGACGUGCAAUCUCGGAAUUUAGCAUCGGAAUCUACACCAAAAUCUUCCUCAAGUUUCCUCGUGCAUUCUGGCCUACUGGAAAUGGCACUGAAUUUUUCCUCUAUGUUCAUGAAAGACGAGGAUAUUAUGGAAUUUGGCAGCACUUGGAGAAUGAGUAUCCGGGAUCGAACAUUAUGUUUGUAACAACAACAGAUGAUGAAUCCAUAAGAGUGGAGCAACAAUCUAAUGAAGAAACGAAAGCAGAAGCAAUGGAAGUUUUGAGGAAAAUGUUUGGAAAGAAUAUCCCUGAAGCAACUCAUAUAAUGAUUCCUCGAUGGAAAUCUGACAGAUUUUACCGAGGUUGCUUCACAAAUUGGCCUGUUGGCUAUCCUCAAAAGCGUCAUGACCAGUUGCGAGCUCCAAUUGGUAAAAUCUACUUCACAGGGGAGCAUACACACCCGCAAUUAUAUGGAUAUACAGAUGGUGCAUAUUUUGCAGGUUCUCUCUUUUUCUUUCUAAAUGACACAAGAUAAUUAAUUCUAAACUUAAGAUUUUAGUCAACAUGUGAAAUGUUUUUUAAUUACAUUGCAGGUGCUGAUA